GUCGUAGCGAGACUCUUUCGGACAGCCAGGCGGUCGGUUUUCGGCAGCGCCGAGCGCCUGCGUGAGCUCCUCAACUCGCCCAGCUGAUCGAGCGGGAAGGUACGAUGAAUCAAGGAAAAGAGCAGCAGAGAUCUGCAUCCAUCCAUCGUGUGUGUGCGGCUGGGCUGUCUAUGUCCGUCGGGGUUCCCCUGUUCGUUUGUCAGCGGCUUCUCAGUGUCUGGUGCACGUUCAUUCCCCGACGUGCAGAUGCUGGCCUACUCUGAGAUGCUGGACGGCUGCCAAGCCAUCACAGAGGCCGUCACAAGUGUGUCGCUGAUGGCGACACCAGAUAUGGUAAGCACUGCAGGCGGCCAUCUGCACACACGACACGCACAUUGUGUUGUGUCGGUCCAACAGGCAAUGCGGUCAACGUCAAGAGGACGGUGCAGGUGGCACCCACGAAGUGCGGCUACACUGCCGGCAAGGAGGCCACCCCACUGAAGACGCCUGCGUGCGCGUCAAGGCCGCCAUAGACGCGCGGUGCGCUCGGCCACACCGCAGCCAUUGCGUGCAGUCUCUCACAUGUCAUGUCCUUGGUGUGGAUGUCUGUGUGUGUCAGGAGUGAGGGCGCUGACAUCUGCAGCCUGGCCCGCACCGACGCGCGGGCGUCCCUCGGGUGAGAGAGAUGCGAGAGGGAGGAGAGAAGAGAGUCGACAAGCAUUCAAGAAACAACUAUCGUGUGGGUGUGGGUGGGUGUAUGGGUGCAGGCUCGACGAGGCUAUCCGCCGCUGCCAGGCUGUCCACGCAAUGAAUGGGUGCUGACAUCGCAUCGCAUCGCAUUCCUGGAGGCACCACGGACCGUCGAAGAGAUGCGACGCUACUGCAGGUACCCCUCCACCCACCCACCAACCAACCCGCCCCCAAGCCCGCAGAGACGCAUGUGUGUCCCUUCUCUCUCUCUCUCUCUCUCUGUGUGUGUGUAUGUAUGUGUGGAUCACCCGGCCAGUGAGGUGGGCGGUCCGAAGAAUGGAAUAAACGGAAUGUAUGGCGUUCGUCGCCAUUGUCAUUCAUCAAUCCAAGGGUGCGGCGGUCCUCCGACACGACGCCGUUCCUGGCGGUGCGGUGCAGGAGCUCGAGGAGGUGGGGCAGUACAACCUGGUGUCAUCUACUCGACGUCGCUCGUGUCGACCUCCAUCAAGGCCGUCAAGGGCGUCCUCCCCCACAAUCUCCUUUUUCUCCGGCGGGUUCAACGAAGUACGCCGUGGCCUUCAAGCAGCACCACCAGCAGCAGCCUGAAGACGCCCACCGACUCUUGGUCCAACUCGCCCGACUCGAAGCACUUCGGCGCGACCAGUGCUCGUGUGGGCUCGAUGGCCUCGACCAUCGCCUCUGACGGGCAGCGUGCAAUUCGACUGACUGAGCCAUUCCCACACAUCCGCCACACACACGGAUGGCGGGAUGUGUGUUUAAGAAGAGUGGAGGGAGAGGAGGGAUGGACUUUAGUCGAUCGACUGACUGAACUGCACUUGCCGGUCGUAUGUGUGCGUGUGUGCGUGUUUGUUCAUUUUGCAAACGAAACGUGUGCUGUGUGUGCUGUGCCGUCGAUCGAGACGGCCGCACGCAGGCAGGCAGGAAGGUCGUACCGUAGCACCGAACGUUGCAACAGCGUGCGCUCCUGUGAUCGCUCUGCUCUGACUGGCCACGAGGUUGCCGGCCAUAUGUGUCUCACUCACAUCACCCAUACGUGGUCACCACAGCCGCCCACCGUCUCGUACGUGUUGUCCUUUACUUCCCGUGUCUCUGUAAAUUGUACAUCCGGGGGGGCAUCCACAGCAUCUCCCUGGUGCAUGCGCGUGCGAGCGGUGAGAGGGAAGGUGGGCUACUCUGUCGGGUUGACGUUUGUAUGUCCCGUGUGUGUGUCGACGUCUGGGCACAUGUGUGCGUAUCACAUGUGUCAGUGUGUGUUGAUUGCCGCUGUCUGCCCUCUCCAUCUCUCUCGGGUCGUGUUGGUUGACCAUUGGCCAUGGCCAUGGGUGUGAGGUAAGGAUGAGUGAAUCAUCAGCU